CUGGGGGUGGACGUGGGGGGGCUGGAUGUCACCAUCCACCUUGGCUUCCCCGGCAGUGUCGCCUCGCUGCGCCAGCAGUCGGGUCGUGCGGGCCGGCGGCAGGGCGAGAGCCUGAGCCUGCUGCUGGCGUUCGAGGGGCCGCUGGACCAGCACCUCAUGCGCCACCCGGAGCAGCUGUUCGGCAGGAGCGUGGAGAGUGUGCAGCUUGACGUGCACAACCUGGACGUGUUGCAGCAGCACCUCACCUGCGCCGCCGCGGAGGCCCCCCUGCUGCCGCACAUGGACGCCCCCUUCUUCGGGCCGCGCAUGGGGC